CUAGGUACCUAGGUACUUAUUUAGCCGCCCUGCCGGCCCCGGCCCCGGCCCCCGCGAUAGUGCGAGCCCAUACGGAGUACUCGAGGCCAUCGUGUGCCCGUCAGGUGACCCCCAAGUGCUCUCCUUGCCCACAAUGGCCCCGUCCAGCUGGGGCCAGACCUUCAUUUUAGAUGGUGCCAAGUCCACCAUUGCUGACGCUACCGCCUGGCCUGGAGGCUGGCCGGCGUAACCCACAGGUGUAGGGAUAAUUAAGCUUAAUCAACUGGACCCUGACAAUCUUGUCCUGAAUUAGCAUCGUCGAUACAACUCCAUCCUGUCCAGACCACCGGUUCCAGCCUUUCCAUCACGUAAACUUCGUCAUCUAAAUUGCUCAGCUGUCUCCUGCCCCUCCUCCGCCUCCUCCCCCAGUCUCGUGCUGUUGCGUGGCCCCUGGGAUACAGCGCUGUGACUAUCUGGCCAGGUAUCGCCAACAACCCAGCCCGUCCUCCCGCUCGCAGCCAGCUCAUGCCUACCUGUUGAGGCCCGUCGACUGCCCCGGGGCUCUAGCUGCUCAGCACAUGCUCAGAUAUAUGUACCCACGCGCUGCUCGAGCUCCAGCCCAGCCGCGACCCGGUCCACCUUCGCCGCCGCCCCCAGCACUCGAGGCCACCCGGUUAAUAUCUUUUCAUCUAUCUUGCCUUUUCAACCGCAAAUUUGCAGCAUGAGUCUGACAAGCCUCUCGUCCCGCACUACUCUCAAGACGUGUAUCCGCGGGGCCUCUAGCUCGACAUGAAGUUACUUCGCGCCAGCUGCGUCUUCGGCGGACGCUUCAGCAAUGGCGCCCACCACAGCUGAUUAGUCUCUUGAACCACUCAAUCAACUCGACCUUGGCGGCACCUCUUGACGGAGCGAUACCUCCAUUGACUGCUCUGGUUCUCCCGCCCUGUCAUCGUCGACCUGCUCAAGCCCGAGCUGCUGGGGGGAGGGUGCCAUUGCUAACCAGAGCGCUCGUGUCUAGCAUCAACACGGAUGUGACGGUGGCCGCCGCCCCUUGCUCUCGUGUAUAAAUACCGCCCCGACUCAUCCAAGCCGGCGCUCUCGAGAUGAGCCCGUCCACCAUCACCCGUCCCCCGCGACAGCCGCUGCUCUCAGAACUGCUCCUGACCGUCGUCCAGUUGAGUCUCCGUCUGACAGCAUGAAGUCCCUCGCUACCCUUCUCUUCCCCGUCGCCGCUGCGGCCCUCCCUGGUCUGAACUUCCCCGGCGGCUCCAGCGCCGGCGCAGGUCCGGAUCCCAGUCAGAUCACCAUCGCGGCGGCUAGCUUCUCCGGCAACGGUUGCCCUCAGGGCACCGUGUCCACCUCGUUCAGUUCCGACAAGACCGUCGUUACCUUCGGCUUCGAUGCCUUCCAGACCUACAUCGGCCCGGGGACUGUCGUGGCUGACCGCACAAAGAACUGUCAACUCCACCUCACGCUCAAUUAUCCCGGUGGCUUCCAGUUCGCCGUGCUCGACAGCACCUACCACGGCUACGCCCAGCUGGACGCGGGAGUUACCGGUACAUUUCUUAGCACGUACUAUUUCUCCCAGGAUGCCACGGCCACAACCACAACUAGGACUUCCAUUACUGGUGGUGGGAUCUGGGCUGCUGGCCAGGUUUAUACCAAGAACGACCAAGUCCCCACAGCCAGUGUCAUCUACUCGCCAUGUGGAGCCCAAGGCAUCUUGAAUAUCAACAACCGCAUUGCUUUGGCUUCUACCAACAGCACUGCCUCCGGCUCGGUCACCGACGACGACGCCACCGUCGCCUUCACCCAGCAAGUGCAUCUCAGCUGGCAGAAGUGCACGAAAUAGCCAACACAAGCUUCUAGGCUCGGGCAUGCCACCCUCUGGGUUGUCAUUCUCUCAUCACUGACGUGCGGUUGUUGACAGGUUGAUCUGCCUGCCUGCCUGCCUGCCUGCCUGCCU